UUCUGGCGUUUUGGGGCCGGAAGUCUCGUCGCUGUUGCUGCUGGUGGACACGAGCAGCUACGGGGCUCAGUGAAUCUCCCGGGUAGGCGCUAAAACUUUUUUUCAUGGGAGAGCAGCUCGCAGGUUUUACCAGAGAACGCCAAAAUGAAGUUGCUUGUCUGCAGCAUCAUCAUGUGUGCAUUUCUACAAGUCAGCUGCCAAAAUCCCAGGAGCUACUGGACUCUGCUCCCCAACAUUCUGGUUGUGGAGGUGGAUGGCUCUUUGGGUGAGCAACCCCUGAGCUGCUUUGGGUCUCCAGAGGAGGUGAUUAGGAGAAACAACAACAGUCAGGAUAUUUUUUGGAAGAAGAACGGAGUAGAGGAAGCACAGAGAGGAAACUCAUACUUAGUGCCGCUGGAGGAAAGCUUAGGAGGGGGCAACUACACCUGCCACAGCAAGGACGGAUCACUCGUCAAUCACACUAUAGUCCUGAUCCAAGAAGACAAAACCAAGAAGAGGAUUCUUGUGAAAACUGAUCAAGAAGAUUAUUUGAGGUGCUCUGCUCAAAAUUACAACGGGGAGUUCCACUGCUCUUGGACCUGGCACAGAAGUCGUGUUGGCAAAGUAGCAUUUAUCAAAGCUCGGCGCGUUUCUGACAACAGUGACAUCCAGUGUUCCCCUGACAGCAGUCACCAGCAUUGGACGUGCUCCUCAGGGCAGAGUAGCUUCAGCUGUUCUGUAGACGAGAGCGGACACGGGAUCACCUGCCUGGAUGAGCGGCACUGCCCCUACGCUGAGGAGAGCAAGAAAAUCGACUUUACCGUGUAUGUGAGGAGUGAGCACUUCCUGGUGGAGAACUACUCUAAACACUUUUACCUGUCAGAAAUAGUGAAACCUGACAAGGUGAGGAUCAGUACCGUUAACAGAACGAUUAUAGAGUGGAGUUACCCAAGCUCCUGGAGCAGUCCCUACUCUUACUUCCCCCUGACUUUCCAGAUUGCACAGCUAAAACGGGGAUGGAAAAGGUGUGACAACCCGUGCGCUCAUCCAAAAGCCACAAAGACCUGGACAGUCCAGUCUACAGACAUUUGUCAGUUUGAAGUCAAGCGCAAGGCCAAGGCUGUCUGUGUCCGAGCUAGGGAUGCUCUCGGUUAUUCACAGUGGAGCGACUGGAGCCACUUCAGAUUGAGGAGAGACAAGAAGAAUAAAAAGAACAAACAUUAGCAAAACAAGAAACAAGAGUGACGGAAGAGUGAGAAUCCAAACAUUUGACAUCUGAAGUGUUAUGUUUAUUUAUAUGCAUUUUAUGUAAUGGUGUUUACAAUAUGUAUCUAUUCUUGAAGAUAAGUGAAGAAAUGAAGCGGAAUUUAACACAAUCAUUUUGUUUCUUGCCAAGACAUCACUAUGCCACACAUCAUUUUGCUGAAUAUUGGACUGUGAUUUGUUUCACAUCUUUGUCCCGGCAAUAAUAAA